AUGGGCGACUCGAAAGUUUGGUCGCUUGCAUCGGCGGCGACUUGGAGUGGAGAUGGCUCGGCAGGAACAAUGACAACCUAUGAUUUGGAUACGGCUAUGAUUAAGCGGGAGAAGCGAGAUAGUAGUGAGGUUAGUUAAGGAGCGGGUAACACCUGAAGUGGUGUGAAAAUCACAAUUUUUUCAAAUUCUUGGUUCAGUAGCACAUUUAAAAAAAAUUAUAAUGAGAACCAUUUUGAAAUAUUUUCGAAAAAAGUGAUGAGAAUAUUUUUUUGAGUGAUUCGGAAAAUUGAUUUUAAAAGUUUACAGUAGGGAUAGUUUUUAGAGUCUUGAUUUUCAGAUUCAUGUUUCCCUACUGUAACAUAAUUGUGAUCAGACUUCCAAAGAACUCAAAAAAAUGCUAAAGAGCUUCACGGAAUUCCAAAAUCCCUCAAGUUCUCACUCCAAAAUUCCACAGAAUAGUAUGAAUUCUAACACCUCCUACAGAUUCAGGUUCUUCAAAAAAAAAAAUCCAGAAACCCGCAUUAUAUUAUCCACAUAAUAUUAUUACAAUUUCCUCCUCAUAUCGCUUCUUUUUUUCCGCCAAGCAGCAAAAAAAGAACACAACGCGAAGAAUGAAAUAUUAGCCAAUUUCCUAGUAUAUUUUUUCCAACCCCAAAAUAUCUAUAUGGCGUGUGUUUUCCAGUUUACCCAGAUUAACACCUUGAAAAAAAACGCAAAGAAAGAAAAGGUGCGAUGUUAUCUUGUCGUCUUCGUCUUCUUCUUCUUUUUUUUGAUUUCAUUGUUUGAUAUACAUGGCCCCAAUUAUUUUUCAUCAUCUUCAUCUUCUUCUUCUUUUUCGCCUGUUUUAGUUUAUCUACCUAUCUAUAUCUUUAAUUAGGUGUCAAAUACGCGUGUGUGGGAAAUGAAUAGCUCGGGACGAUGGUCGCUUGAAAUUUUGAAGUUCUUCCGAUUUAGCUCGUGGGAAAGUUUGAAAAAUAGAGUUUCUUUGUUUUGCAUAACACCUUGGUGAUAAUUAUGCGAAUUUAUGGUGUUGGAUGAAAUACCGUGCAAUAAUCAUGGUGAAAUUGUGAAACGGAAGAGAAAAUAGUUCUUCAGAGCCUGAAAAUGAAAGUAGGACUGGACCUAGGUCUCAAGUGGAAAUUAAUUAUGAAGAGUAUCAUUUUUGCCAAAUCACAUACCAAAAAAUAUUUAAUGUCGAAGCCCAGCAGAUAUCAGGGGCCGUAUUCAUUCAUGAAAGUGAUUUACCAAAAAUGUUUGGUAUAGUCCACCAGGUACCACAUUUGGUAACUUCCCCAAUACGUUUAGGCCUACCCAAUUUUCUACAUUUCCGAACCUAGAACAAGUUCUUCAAAGUGUUCCAGUAACUCAUAGGUUUCAGCAACAUUUGUCUUUAUCAUUUGAUUCGAUAAAUAACAGAAAAAGAAUCUUUUCCAUCUUCUUCACCCCCAUCAUGUUUUUAUUAAAAAUCGCAGUCGUCGUCCUCUUCUCUUCUCCGUGAUUAAUGUGAUUAGUGAAGAUAAAUCGAUAUCAUAUCAAUUUUAUUAUGUAUUGUUUUCACACAUCUUUAUUCUUUUCCCCUUUCAACUGACGAAAAAAAAGAAGACUACAUAUGUUGGGCAAGAGAAUAAGGCAAGGCAAGGCAAAAUAUAAAGUGGCCCCGGCGCCUUUUUUGCUGCUGAAAAAACAUGAAAGAUUGAGAGAGAGAAAGAGUGCGCGAGUCGGACUACUGUAGUUGUUUCGUCCGAUUGGCUGAUGGGCGUGGCCUGCGAAAGCCGACUGACUGCCUGCUAACCGAAAUAUGCGCCGCCCAUUGAUGAGAGAGUAUUGGAAAUGAGGAGAGUUGGCGAGAGAGAAAAGGAAGAUUGACAUACAACCGUUUUGAAGAAGUGAACUGACUGACUGAAUGGAUGGAUGUGAGUGUGUAUCUUGUCUCUUUCGAUAUUCAUCUGUCAUAUUAUUUACUACUCGUUUUUUUUUGAUUAGUUUCAUGUUUUCUUUUUUGUGUCACUUUUUUCGACGAUACCUGUCAUUUAUGGACUUAUUAUAGAUUGACUGACUGACUGACAACCAUCAUCAUCAAUUUAAAGGAGCUUUGACAAGUUGUGAAGAAGAAGAAGAGGAGAGAGAAGAUCGUUCAUCUUAUUCAGCAGCUAUGGCGCAAAGGGUACUGAUCAAUCUUCUGAAUUUAUUUAUUUAUUUAUUUAUUUGACUGACUUGAAUGACUGACUGCUGAUACCACCCUCGAUACAUAGACACACUUCAUGUUUGAUGUGUCUAUAAUUUAUCGGUUGGGGCUUUGGGCGGACGGCGGGCGGGGUUGACGAGAGAAGAUGUGACUGACUGAAUGACUGAAUGACUGACGGACCGAAUGAAUGACACUUUUUUUAUUUUCUUUUUCAGAACGAGCACGACAUAUACACUCGUGUGCCUCAUUUUUUCUCGAAAUUUUCCAUUAUUCUUUUGAAUUUUGUGUCAGUUUUUGGUCGAUUCUUCUCUUUUUCGAAACAUUUUCUAUUCUUUUUCGAAAUUUGGAACUUCGAAAAUCACACUAUACUCUAGAUAUAUUAUAAUUCCACCAACUAUAGAUGCAACUUUCUUUGAAAUUUCUUUAAAUUUAGUUUUCGGACCGUUUCAGUCAAGUUUUAAAAAUAUUUUUCUUAAAAUCACUCACCAAUUUCUCGUCAUCCUUUUCUUCAACAAGUUCUUCAACUUUAUAGCGCUACCAAAUCUCACAGAGUUCCACGAAUUCCCGAAACACUUUUUGUUCUCGAAAAAAAAAAUAAAAAUAAUUCGGGAGUACUGUGAUUAUUUUUGUGUGCAUCAUAAUCUGCAAACACCACACACGUGAAUUGACGAAUAAUUUCUAUUUUUUCUUUUUUUUGCCGCCCGUUUCCCACCCUAGUUUGAAGGGGAAAACUAGAGAUUUUGUUUUCUUGUUGCCGUAAAAAACCAACAAAAAUGUUAAACGAGCCCCCAUAAAAAUCUCAUAAAAAAGUGACAUGAUUCACAAGCCAACUCCCCGCCGGAUAUAUUUCCCCUUCUAAUUUCCAUUAGACCACCCAACAUCAAAUUAAAAAAAAAACCAAUUCAAAUUACAGUAUACGGAUGGAUAUGGGCCACCGCCAGGCUCAGCAGGUGCAGAUGCUGCAGGAUAUGUCGCAGAUCCAGCCGGCUUUUUCUGGUCUGGAAGUAUGGGUGCCGGAGGCGCCACUGGAACUGGAGCUGAAGCUGGCGGAGCUGCCGGUUUGCAACAUAUGGAUGAGCGAAAACAGGCGGAUAAAGAGGCGAUUUAUGCGUGAGUUGUUUUUGAAAAUGAGAAUGGGUUACGGUAAAUUGCACCUUGGCGGCCGUCGGGCGGCGGCCACCAACUGCUUUUCCAAAUAGCCAUAAAUCAAAUUCAUGUUGCAGCCAUCCGCUCUAUCCGUUGCUGGUUGUUUUGUUCGAAAAAUGCGAGCUAGCCACAUCGACACCGCGCGAACAAUCAAGGGAUGGAACAUCGACUGGUGAUGUUUGUAGUAGUGCCUCGUUUCGAGAUGAUCUCAAUGAUUUUGUCAAACAUGUGAGUUAUAAGAGAAUUUAUUGAUUUCCUCCAGUUCACUGGGAAAAAAAUCGAUUUUUUUUUCCUUCAAAAUAAAAAAAAUGUUUUUUGUUUCAGUCCCAAGAAAAUGCUGACAAAUCGUACUAUGUGCCGAAUCCUCAAUUAGACCAAAUUAUGUUGCAAGCCAUUCAAAUGCUCCGUUUUCAUUUGCUCGAGCUCGAAAAGGUUUGUUACUUACAUUCACAAUGCCUUUAUCAGUAUUUUUUUUUAUUCCCCAGCCCAGCCAUUUUUUUGCGGUGUUCAAAUGCACUUAUCAGUGUUCCCUCGCUUUUCUCGAAUAUUAUUAUUUCCACAUUAGUUUACUCAAAAAAGUUGAAAUUCUUUUAGGUGCAUGAACUUUGCGACAACUUUUGCAAUCGAUACGUGACGUGUUUGAAAGGAAAAAUGCCGUUGGAUAUUGUGGGCGAUGAGCGAGCUUCAUCCUCGCAGCCACCAAUGUCACCCGGAAGUAUGGGACAUCACGCACAUUCAUCGUCACCAUCAAUGGCUGGCGCACAAACACCAAUGAGUCAUUUCCCGCCGUACGAACCGCAAUCUGUUCCGCUGCCUGAAAAUCCUGGUGUUAUGGUUCAUCCGAUGGAUGUGAGUUGAAGUUUCUUUUUCCCCCUCUAGAGAUGACAGUUGUCAACCUCAUAACUUUUUAUGUAUCAAGAAAAAGGCGUCGAUUUGAUUUACGAAAGACGAAAAUUCUUGGGGUGUUCUCUUUUUUUUCUCCUCGAUUUCCACCGCCUUUUUUUAAACGAAAAUUUGCAUAUAUAGAGAAUGAACACUUGUUCUUUGAGAAAACCUAACCGCCAAACAAAAAAAGAAAAGAUUAUGCAAAUUAGGCUAACUGUGCGUGCGUGUGUCAAUAUGACUUCGCGCAUAUUGAAUUGACACACCCAAAAAAUGGGGGGUAGUUGAAUAAUUGUAAUUAAAUAAUUGACCAAUCCAUUAUCCGAAUUGUUGUGUGGAUGCGCAUGAUUGGUAUCCAUUAGGAUUUGAAGGGGGAGGAUUUGGGAUUUUGGAUGAGCAUGGGAAAUUUCUCGAAGCGCUGAUCCUUGAAAAUUGAAUUUUCUAGGUGCCACUACUUGAACACGGGGGUUUCUAGGCUUGGCUGCUUGGCAUAGACUUUUUGAAGGCGCGGCUACUAGUAAGCUAGGGUCUCUAAGCGCAACUCACAAUUAAAUUCUCUAAGCGUGGCUGCUUGAAAAUUAGGGUUUCAAGGCUUGGAUACUUGACAUAGACUUUUUGAAGGCGCGGCUACUAAUAGCCUAGGUUCUCUAGCCACUGAUCCUUGACAAUUGAAUUUUCUAAGCGCGGAUACUAGUAAGUUAGGCUAUCUAAGCGUGGCUUCUUGAAAACUAUGGUUUCUAGGCUUGGAUACUUGGCAUGAAGCUCUGAAGGCGCGGCUACUAAUAAGCUAGGUUCUCUAGGCGCUGAUCCUUGACAAUUGAAUUCUCUAUUUAAGCGUGGCUGCUUGAAAAUUACGAUUUCUAGGCUUGAAUACUUGACGCAAGGCUCAAGACUAGAAGGUUUAUUAUACAUGCAAAACUAUCAAAAAUAUCUCGAAACCUAACUCAAUUAUUUUAUUUUCAGUUUGCUGGUUCAUCAAUGGGCUACGGUUUACCGCCAGGAAUGGUUGGAGCAUCGUCUUCACAGCAACAACCCCAACAACCACAAUCAAACACAUCAAAUUCACAGGAUCACCCUUUAGUGAACAGCGGGACGCUCCACUCGACGGCUGGGGCAUCCCAGGCGCUGCAUCCCUUGGCCGUCAGUAGUAGCCCAUCAUCAUCAGGUGGCGGUGGACUACGACAAAAUUCGACACCAUUAUCUGGAAUCGGCGGUGGAAAUGGAAGUGGCGGCGAAUCAACGAUGACACAUUUGAACGGCAAUUCGAUUGAUAACAUAUCGGAAGCUGGUUAGUCUUUGAUUAGCUCUAGAUGAUACCUAACGUUUCCGAAUUUCCCCCCUACUAAUGGAAAUGUUCCUUCGUCUGUCAAUAGAGGUCCUCUCUCUCUCUCUCUCUCUAUUUUCCCCCUAAAAUACAAAAAUAAUUAUUUAUAACAUUUUCCACCUAACCACACUUGAUAAUUUGCACAUGAUUGAAUUUGCUUGCUUUGUAUUUGCCUGCUUAUUAUGCCUGUGAAUGACACUUUUGUCUUCUGUUUUUGUCUCAAAGUCCCGCUUUCAUUUUGUCUCUCAUCACAGAAGUGUCGUCGUCGUCUUCUUCUUCGUUUUUUGUUGUCUCCUCAUCUUCAUCAGCUUCAUCAUCAACCGCUUCCAAUUGUAUUAUCGAGCAAAGUCUUCAGUGUGCAAUGCUUGACGAAUACUCGGCUCCAACAAGCUCGAAUACUAAUUUAGCUGAUCUUCAACAACUCCAGCAACAUCCGGCAAUGUGUGAUUAUUCACAAUAUGCUCCGCCACCACCACCGCCACAUCCGCAUUCAUAUCAUCAUUAUAAUGAUUUGUCGGGCGGCUAUCCGCCACCCGAUCCUUCACCCGAACCCCGGAAGUUGGCGGGUGGUGGGAAGGCGGCGAAGAAAUCGGGAGGACGCGGGAUGUUUCCGAGAGAGGCGACUAAUUUGUUGCGACAGUGGUUGUUUCAAAAUUUGACGGUGAGAAUUUCGUGUUGUUAACUGAUUAUUUUUUUGGUUUGGCGCACUCACAAUUUUAUGUUGAAUUUUUAUUAUUUGAAAAGUUUUGGAUUUUUGCUAAAAACAAAAAAGGUUUGCUGUAAAUUUUGGAUUAAUUCAAGGUCCGGUAUGUUCAGAAUAAUAAUCUGUUGUAAAAUUUGGGCCCCUUCAAAAUUAUCUAGAGAUAAAAGAGAGAGAGAGGACCAGACAGACAGUAUUUGACAUACUGUAAUCUGGUCUUCUUUAGGCGAUGAGUUCUCAAUAUGCGGUUCGAAUGAAGAUGGACGCGAAUCGGUGUUAUCCGAUGGUCCGAAUAGUAUAUCGAAUGGUGGCGGCGGCGGUGGAAAACGCAAAAUUCCCAAAGUCUUCUCGAAAGAGGCGAUCACCAAAUUCCGCGCGUGGCUAUUUCAGAAUUUGUCGGUAAGCGAACGCGAACGCGAAGAGAAAUUGUAUAUCUUGUUGAGGGCAAACACUCUUGCACAGUGUAACAUUUAAUUUUUUCUUACAACAAAUGUGGUGUUCUGGCGAGGAGGAGCAAUUUUUCAUCAUUUUUUUGCGAAUGGGAAGGGAUUGGGAAAAAUUGAAGUUGAAAGUUCAAUACAGUAGCCAUAUCUCGCAAAAAUCUCGAAAUUUCAAGGUCUUUUUAAAGACUACAGUAGUCUAGAGAGGAAAAUUAUCGAUUUUUUCGAUAAUCGAAGCUAAACAUUAAAAUUCGCACAGAAAAUUGAAAAUCAAAAAUCAAUAGUCCUCCUUUUCUAUUGAUUACCGUAACCUAUAUCCCAAUAAAUUUUAAUUUUUUCCAGCAUCCAUAUCCAUCAGAAGAGCAAAAGAAGCAAUUGGCAAAUGAAACGGGUCUCAAAAUUCUACAAGUCAAUAACUGGUAUGUUUAUUUAUUUUAUAAGGGUUACCACCAUCUCAAAUAUCAUCAUCAUCCUAAAAAGUUUUGUGUAUUUCUCUUGUAAGAUGAUCGGCACUCUCUCUCUCUCUUCUUUUGUUCUUUCCGCUGACCGACAAUCAGGAUAAACACUCUAUUCUUUUUUUGCCUGAUUGCGCAAUUUGAGUCAUUGAUGAGGCAAGAUAAUCCCUUUAUUGUUAUUCUAAUUUCCGGGGGGAACUUUUGAGCACUUUGUAGCUCUUUUGGUUUUUUCCCAUGGGAGAUGGUUCUGAAACAAUGGGAGUUAUCGUUAUCUGCAAUCUUGCCACCAAUUAUUUUCCAAUCCCCCCUUUUUCUCUUUCCACCAACGAAAAAAUGGGAUGUCGAAUGCGCAAAAAAAAAAUUUGAAUGUAAUUUAAGCGGGGUGGUCGUAGAUGUCAGUUUGAUGAGUGACCCACGUUUUCUACAUGGAUUACGGUACAAUAAUUACCCCGUUUUUUUGUCUGUCAAUUGUUGUUGUUGUAUAGACGAUUGCAUUAAAUUGAGGAGAAAGAAUGGAAAAACCAACAAGGUUUUCGAAAUUGGUGGAAUUUCCGAAAGGUUUGUGAUGAGAACAAAGACGAUUUGGGGUUUUUUAUGAGGUGUGGAAGAGUGUUUUGGCGGAUAAUGAGGGGGGUUCCACAGGGUUUCAUGUUAGUUGCAGUCAGUCACAACUGUUGACAUGCGCAUCGGAUAAUGUGGAAUCAAUUGAGCGUGUGCUUAUUGUUUUUAAUCGCACCCUUUUUUAUGGGGUGAGAAAUGGGGAUAAACAUUUGGGCAUACUGUAGGAUUUUUAUGGCGAAUGAAACUGUAGUUGGAAAAUAAGUAGACUGUAGUCAUUCGAAAAAAAAUCUAGUUUAGGUUGUCCAGAGUCUAGUUUUGCUCACUUCAACAUGAUUUAUGACGUCGCACCUUUUUUCGCUUUUGAAGAUUGAUUUCAUCUUCCUUAGGUUUUUGCUAUUGCUCACAGCUAACUUCAGCUCAAACCUCGAAAUUCACCCAUUGCUUAAAGUUGAAAGUUUACCGUAGUUUUUCGGCACCUCCUCCUUCCCCUUUCUUGUUUCCUCCACUAAAAUAAUAAAUUCUAAAUGCAUUUCGAAUUACUAGUUAAUUUAACUUGAAUGGAACCUUUCCUCCCUUUUCUUUUUUCCAAAAAAAAACUCUUUUCAUCCCGAAUUCGGUGUUGUUUUUUCUACUAGCGCGGCGGCUAUUUUUUGACUCUCCCCUGUCGAUUACCGUAUCCCCUCCCCUCCCUCCCCGUUUCUCUUUUUCUCUUCGUUUUUCGUUUUUCACGACGAACGAAACGAAGAAGUUGAAAAUAGUGGGUGAAUUGAAAGAGAGCGCAGAGAAAGGACAGCCUUGGCAAUGAUGGAUCGACGCAGCUGGCGACGUUGACAAGCCAAGAAGCGAGUGGAGAAGAAGAAGACGCGAAUGCGAAGCUAAGAAGAAAAAGAAGAAGAACUGAAAAAUAUAUAUAGAGAAGAGAGGAAAAAGAUGAAAAUGAAGGAAAUGUUGAAAAAAAAGUGGGGACUGUUAAAUAAAAUAAAUAAUAUCAAUUAUAUGUUGCUUUUAACAAUUAUCAAUCAAAAAAUGGAUGGAUGAAGAUGGAUUUGAUGAUGAUGAUGAACAAGGUGCUAACAUUAAUUCUCAUCUACCGUAUCGAUGUACAUAGAUUGUAUCAUCGUUGGGUCGUAAAAUUGCGCGUACCUCUGAAUUUAUGCGUUUUUUAUGAUCUCAAAAAGUUGCCACUUAAUUUAGUCGUUAAAAUUUGGUUGCGUAGAGAUGGGAAGGGUUGGAACUGGAAUUUGGAGUUGUUUAGAAUGAAGCUCUCAAAAUUAACCACGGAAUGUUGGCUAUGCUUUUUGAUACUUCCAAGUUACCUUAACUCUUGCCACACCUCGGCCAAAAUCGUGGUAUCCACAAUAAAAAAUUGUACGCUGACUUUUUACAGUACAAAAAUUGUGAAUUUUUCAGUUUUUGUCCUUUAAAAAUUGUGAUUUUUCAAUUUUUGACCUAAAAACUGAAAUUCAGAUUUUUCAAAAAAUUGUACUCUGUUAUUUUUUGUUUUUCAAAUCUCUAUCCAAAAAUUCAAAAAUCUCCGAAAUUCUGAUUCCCGGAAAUCCACGCAAUCUCAAAUUGUAUCCCAAAUCAGUUUUAUUUUCAAAUUCCCAUCCUCGCCUUCUUAUCUCCUCGCCAAAAUCAUUGUAAAAACUUCGAACGCCUGUUCGUAAGAUACUAGAAGAAAAUCGUAAAAAUAUCCACCAUUUGACAAUUUACGAGCUAUUGGUGGUAAAUUUAUGUGAUUUUUAUGAUGUCGAUAGAGUUGCCAAACUUUUUUAUAGUUUUUUUUUCGAUGUUAUCUUUGGGAUGAUGAUAUUUGGGGGGAACUUUUUCUAGAUUUGAAGAUUUGAAGAUCUGGGGAUUUCUUUUCAAAAUAUUUUUUGCAGGUUCAUCAAUGCUCGACGUCGGAUAGUUCAACCAAUGAUUGAUCAAAAUAAUCGAGCCGGUCGAGCACCGGCCAUGAAUGUGUUCAAAAAUCGUCGGCGAAAUCGCAGUGAGCAAAGUCCCGGACCCAGCCCCGAAUCAGACAGCGGCGCCAACUAUUCACCAGAUCCCAAUAAUCUUGCGGCGGCAGGUUCUAUGACCUAUCCAACCACAGAUUUGUACAGUAUGCAAAGGAGUAUGUUUAAUGGUGGUUAUGGUGGAUUCCCAAAUCCGUGAGUUUCUUAAUUUAUUUUUCAAAAAAUAAUUAAUUAAUCAAUUAAUUAUAGAACAAUGCCGUUUAUGCCACAAAUGAUGUUUCCACCAAAUGUUGAUUUGGCGCAACAAUGGGGUGUUGAUUUAUCAGCGCCACACAUGGAUUAA